ACAGGUGCCAGUGAAAGUGUGGGAAAGCACAUGCUUGAAGCAUGCAACAACAAUCUGGAGAUGGCUGUCACCAUGUUUCUGGAUGGUGGAGGCAUCGCAGAGGAGCCCAGCACCAGCUCUGCAGGGGUGUCUGCUGUUCGACCACACACUGAGGAUGAAGUACGAGCUCCAAUUCCUCAAAAACAAGAAAUCUUAGUAGAGCCUGAGCCCUUGUUUGGAGCUCCUAAAAGACGCAGACCUGCGCGCUCAAUAUUCGAUGGCUUUCGGGAUUUUCAAACAGAAACCAUUCGACAGGAACAGGAGCUACGAAAUGGAGGGGCAGUAGAUAAGAAACUCACUACUCUAGCAGACCUCUUCAGGCCGCCCAUUGAUCUGAUGCACAAAGGCAGCUUUGAAACG